AUGAUUAAAAGAUUAUUUUGCUCAAUUAAUAAAAAUAAAAUAAUAAAUGAACCACCAAAAUUAUCAAUAAUAAAAGAUACAAUUUAUAAUUUAUCAUCAGGUGUUGGAAAGAGUGGAGUUGCAAUUAUUAGAGUUUCAGGACCACAAGCAGAAACAGUUAUAAGAAAAUUAAUAAAAAAAAGUGAUGUAGAUAAAAAUGAGGAAAUUAAAUCACGUUAUGCAACAUUAUCAACAUUUUAUAAUCCAAAAACUAAUGAACAACUUGAUAAAGGUAUGUUUAUUUGGUUUCCAUCACCAAAUAGUUUUACAGGUGAAGAUGUUGUUGAAUUUCAUAUUCAUGGUGGUAGAGCAGUAAUCUAUGAGACAAUGGAAGCAAUUGGAUUAAUUGAAGGAACUAGACCAUCUGAACAAGGUGAAUUUACAAAGAGAGCAUUUGAAAAUGGUAAAAUGGAUUUAACACAAGUCGAGGGUUUAUCAGAUUUAUUAGAUGCUUCAACAUCAUUUCAAAAAAAGAUUGCACUUAAACAAAUGCAAGGUUCAAUUAGUGAGUUUUAUUUAUCACUUAGAAAAGAUUUAAUUAGAGCAUCGGCUUAUAUGGAAGCAUUUAUUGAUUUUGGUGAUGAUGCUGAAUUGGAUCCUGAAAUAGUUGAUCAAUCUAGAAAUAGAAUCAUUUCAAUUCGUGAUAAAAUUCAACAACAUUUAAAUGAUGGUAAAAGAGGUGAACGUUUAAGAGAUGGUGCAAACAUUGCAAUCGUUGGACCACCAAAUGCUGGUAAAAGUUCAUUAAUUAAUUUAUUAACAAAUAGAAAAGCGUCAAUAGUUUCACCAAUCGCUGGUACAACUAGAGAUAUAGUUGAAGUGAUUUUAGAUAUAGAUGGUUAUCCUGUAAUCAUUGGUGAUACCGCUGGUCUUAGAAAUUCAACAAAUGAUCAAAUUGAAAUUGAAGGUAUUGAAAUGGCAAAAGAUAGAUUUAAUAAUUCUGAUAUUAAAUUAUUUUUAUUUGAUUCUUUUAAUUUAUUUAGUCAAUUAAAUCAAAAUCAAAAUUUAAAUUCAUCAUUUAAUUUUAAUGAAGAAAUUAAAAAUUUAUUUAAUUUUAUUGAUAAUGAAACUAUUAUAAUAUUUAAUAAAUCAGAUUUAUUAAAACAAUUUGAUAAUUUAAAAGAAUGGGAAAAUUUAAAAUUAAACCUUUUAGAUAAUAUUAAAAAAUCAAAUAAUUUAAAUUCAAUUCAAUCAAUUGAAAUCUCUUGUAAUAAUAAUGAAAAUAUUAAAGAUUUAUUAAAUUUAUUAAAAUUAAAUUUAAAAAAUUUAUUUGAAAUUCAAGAUAAAGAAUCUCCACUUUUAACAAGAUUAAGAUAUAAACAACAUUUAAGUGAUUGUGUUGAAUCUUUAGAUAGAUAUUUGUAUUAUUGCGAACAUGAUGUGGUUUUGGCAUCUGAGGAAUUAAGAAGUGCAAUCCUCUCAAUCAGUGAAAUUACUCACUCUGUAAAUAUUGAUGACCUUUUAGAUAUAAUUUUCAAAGAUUUUUGUAUUGGAAAAUAG